AUGGACCCUCUGCGGAUGGCAGCUCGGCGCGUGCUGAAAGCAGUCUUGGUGGAUCUCAGUGGCACACUUCACAUUGAGGACUCAGCUGUGCCGGGCUCACAGGAAGCUCUUAAAAGAUUACGCAAUGCUCCAGUUGCCAUUAGAUUUGUGACCAACACAACCAAAGAGAGCAAGAGAGACCUUCUGGAGAGGCUGAAGACACUGGAAUUUGACAUUGCAGAAGAUGAGAUCUUCACAUCUCUGACUGCGGCCAGAAACCUCCUGGAGCAAAAGCAGGUCCGGCCCCUGCUGCUGGUGGACGACAAUGCUUUGCAAGAUUUCAGAGGGAUACCUACAAAUGAUCCCAAUGCCGUGGUGGUAGGACUAGCUCCUGAGCACUUUAACUAUCAGAUGAUGAAUAAAGCAUUUCGGUUGAUCCUGGAUGGUGCCCCUCUUAUAGCUAUACACAAAGCUAGAUAUUAUAAGAGGAAAGAUGGCUUAGCUCUGGGCCCUGGACCUUUCGUAACUGGACUGGAAUAUGCUACAGACACCAAAGCAACAGUGGUGGGGAAACCAGAGACAACCUUCUUUCUAGAAGCCUUAUCGGGGACUGGCUGCAAGCCGGAGGAGACGGUUAUGAUUGGCGAUGAUUGCAGGGAUGAUGUGGGUGGAGCCCAGAAUGCUGGCAUGCUAGGUAUUUUAGUGAAGACUGGUAAAUAUCGAGCAGCAGAUGAAGACAAAAUUAAUCCCGCUCCUUACCUCAUCUGUGAGAGCUUCCCACAAGCAGUAGACCAUAUCCUACACCAUCUGCUAUGA